GUGAGCCGGUUCCAAGAUGGCGGCGGGGGCGGCCGGGUGGGGGGUUGAGGCGGAGGAGUUCGAGGAUGCACCUGAUGUGGAGCCGCUGGAGCCCACGCUGAGCAACAUCAUCGAGCAACGCAGCCUUAAGUGGAUCUUCGUCGGGGGCAAGGGUGGUGUGGGCAAGACGACCUGCAGCUGCAGCCUGGCGGUCCAGCUGUCCAAGGGGCGGGAGAGCGUGCUCAUCAUCUCCACAGACCCCGCCCACAACAUCUCCGACGCCUUUGACCAGAAGUUCUCCAAGGUGCCUACUAAGGUCAAAGGUUAUGACAACCUCUUUGCCAUGGAGAUCGACCCCAGCCUCGGGGUGGCAGAGCUGCCAGACGAGUUCUUCGAGGAAGACAACAUGCUGAGCAUGGGCAAGAAAAUGAUGCAGGAGGCCAUGAGCGCCUUCCCGGGCAUCGACGAGGCCAUGAGCUACGCAGAGGUCAUGAGGCUGGUGAAGGGCAUGAACUUCUCGGUGGUGGUGUUUGACACGGCGCCCACGGGUCACACGCUGCGGCUCCUCAACUUCCCCACCAUCGUGGAGCGGGGGCUGGGCCGGCUCAUGCAGAUCAAAAACCAGAUCAGCCCCUUCAUCUCGCAGAUGUGUAACAUGCUGGGCCUGGGAGACAUGAACGCCGACCAGCUGGCCUCCAAGCUGGAGGAGACGCUGCCCGUUAUCCGUUCGGUCAGCGAGCAGUUCAAGGACCCUGAGCAGACCACCUUCAUCUGCGUGUGCAUCGCCGAGUUCCUGUCCCUGUACGAGACGGAGCGGUUGAUCCAGGAACUGGCCAAGUGCAAGAUCGACACGCACAACAUCAUCGUCAACCAACUCGUCUUCCCCGACCCGGAGAAGCCCUGCAAAAUGUGCGAGGCCCGCCACAAGAUCCAAGCCAAGUACCUGGACCAGAUGGAGGACCUGUACGAAGACUUCCACAUCGUGAAGCUGCCGCUGCUACCCCACGAGGUGCGGGGGGCCGACAAGGUCAACACCUUCUCCGCCCUGCUCCUGGAACCCUACAAGCCCCCCAGCGCCCAGUAGCACCCCCGACCCCACCCACCCCCACCCCCGCCAGCCCUAGCUGCUGCCAUUUUCACACCGCCCGCUGCUGGGGCAGUUUGCACAAAGUCCACCCCUCCCCCACAGCGCAGGGGGGAGCGACGUGUUGGGGGGGCGGGAGGCCGGGAGGGGUCCUGUGCCCCCUGGUGGGGCUGGAGGGCUGUACUCGCCCCCACCCCUCCCCGCCUCCCACCCCUCAAUAAAAUGAUCCGAAACUGC